AUGAAACGGCACAAGUCUGGCAAUUACAAGAAAGGCGUGUUUCAUACUUGUUCGAAGGGAUGCGCCGAUCUAGAUACACAAUCUAUGCCUCCAUAUACCGUCAAGAUCAAACAGUGUGUGAACUUCAACAUUCUAGACUUGACAGGUACCUGUUUCCCUCUACGACUAGACACUCUUCGUGUGGACGAGAAGGCGAAUUUGAAGAUGAUCCGAGAAACUCAAUUGGGAAACAGGAUCUACGAAUUGAGAGAUCGCCAGUGGGUGCUCCCAAAAAAUGGUACUGAAUUUCUACCAGCCGACGUAAAGUUAAUUUUCGCAAGACAUUCAUCGUACUCAGAAACAGCGAGGCUUGUUGAGAUGUUCUCUCCUAGGCAGGUGUAUCCUACAGAGGACCAGGGUUCGUGGAUGAAUGGGUUUGUCAUGUCUAGGCUUUUUGGGAAGUUCUGCGACGGUAACAGCUUCAUAUUUGAUGAGGAAAUGGCAAAAGUAUACGGCAACUAUCCACCAGAUGAAAUUCUAGAUACACCAGUGGCUACAAUUGACCGCUGGGAUACCGAGGAAUGCAAAGAAGAAGAAAGGUUAAUUGAAGAAGUGAAACUGACGGAAAAAGUUGCUCUCCUCAACCUCCGAAAAGUGGUUUCAGCUUCCACAUUUCAGAAGAAGCGGACUCCAGAAGAGCAGGAUUUUGUCGAUAGACGCAAUAAGGACUUCAAGCUCCAGAAGAUCACAGAGGGCCGUCGUGAAAUCUCCUACAGAAAGUUCAUUGAGGAGCAACAAGAGAAGUACUACAAGAAGUAUAACUUGCCUGGAUACAAACGGGACUACGAGUCUGCCAAGUACAUGCGAACUUUUAAUUCCACACUAGGUGGGUCUAGUGACUAUGAUACAGAUAGUUGUUCGAGUCUGUCCGACAUCUUUCAUUUGAAAAAACAAAUUUCAGUGAAAGAUAAAUCAUCUGUUGAGGAUAAUGAGUCAACCUCGCUCGGUACAGACGGUGUGCCAGAAACUGAGGAGAAAAAGGAAAAGCUGACAUCCAGUUGGCAAGCGCUCAGGAGAUCUUUCAUUGCAUCUUCCUUCAAUACAUACGAGGAGUCGUUGCGUCCGAACCGACACAGUCUGUCGUCCCAGUCAUGCUCCCAAUCAAGCAUUCUCUUCCUUUCAGAGAAGGAACCAGAUCAUGAGAGAAUCGAAUAUCUCUCAAAAAGACUUCUCGCGGACCCUAGCAGCUGGAGAAAUGUCAAUCUUCAAAGCACAAAACUGUGA